GCGCUGGUGCUGCUGAACCCCCGGAGCGGGGCUGGCCGCGCCCUCGAGGACUUCCAGGCUGUGGUGCAGCCUAUGCUGGCCGAGGCUGACAUCGCCACCACCGUCUUCAUCACCGAGAGACCUCACCACGCACACGAGAAGGUGCGGGAUGAGGACCUGUCGCAGUGGGACACGCUGGUGGUCAUGUCUGGGGACGGGCUGCUGUUUGAGGUGGUGAAUGGGCUCAUGGAGCGGCCAGACUGGAAGGAAAUCAUGAAGAAGCCUCUCUGCAUCCUGCCAGGGGGCUCUGGGAAUGCCCUGGCUGCUUCCAUCAACCACUAUGCAGGCAACGACCACGUCGCCAAGAAGAAGCUGCUGCUGAACUGCACCUUCAUCCUGUGCAAGGGGCUGCACACGCAGAUGGACCUGGCGUCCCUGAGCACGGCCUCGGGCAAGCGACUCUUCUCCUUCCUGGGCUUCGGCUGGGGCUUCAUCUCCGACGUGGACAUCGACAGCGAGAAGUACCGGCGGCUGGGCAACGCCCGCUUCACGCUGGGCACCCUCCAGUGCCUGGCCAAGCUGCGUGUCUACCAGGGCCGCCUCUCCUACCUGCCCGCUGGUGGCGCCGUGCCCCCGGCGGGGACAGAAGCGCCCGGGGCUCUGCCUGCUGACUCACUGCUGGUGCCGCUCAGCCAGCCGGUGCCAGCGCACUGGACGGUGGUCCCCGAGGAGGAGUUUGUCACUGUCUAUGCCAUCUACCAGUCCCACCUGAGCACCAACCUGCUGAUGGCACCGGCGGCUCAGCUGCACGAUGGCUGCAUCCACCUCUUCUACCUGAGGGCUGGCAUCAGCCGUGUGGCUCUGCUGAAGAUCUUCCUGGCCAUGGCCAGGGGCACCCACCUGGACUUGAACUGUCCCCACCUGUGCUACGUCCCCGUCCGGGCUUUCCGCCUGGAGCCGCGGGCGGCCACGGGCAUCAUGACGGUGGACGGCGAGGCGCUGGCCUGUGAGCCCAUCCAGGGCCAGAUCCACAGCCGGCUCUGCCGCGUCCUCAGCGGCUCCUGAGAGGCCAGGACCACCCCCAGCAGUGCUGAGCUGCCGGCACAGCCCAGCACAAGGGCAGCAGAGCCUUCCUCCCACUCAGGAACCUCCUCCUCCUCUAGCAAUAGCUCUUGGGGGUCGCGGGCACUCGUCCCCUCGCUCGCCCCCAUGCUUGGCUUUACCCCUUUGGGACAGUCAGCGAUGCUGUCCCAGAUCUGAGCCCCAUCAGGUACUCGGUGCCGGCGAGACGCCAGUGUGAGCGAUCCUGGUACGAGGUCCCGGGCGGCUGCGCCGGCACAGCCCCAUCCCCAGCGCACA